AUGACCUCAGCCCGCACAACGAAGUCCACGAAACAGCGCAAGGACAGCAGUGCAAUCGGCAAAAACAACGGGCAGAAUUCGAGAAAACCACCACUAAACCGCCCAAAGAGGCGGAACAUCGUUCGUUGGAAUGACAUCCUAAACAACAGACUCCUCCUCUGUAUCCAGAGUGCCUGCAGCGCCAAGGGUAUUAAAUUGCCAUGGGAAGCAGUCGCUGAGUUGAUGGGAGGGAGUAUCUCGGAUGGAGCAAUUACACAGCAUCUCACGAAGCUUCGUGCGAAGCUCGAAAAAGAAGGGGAACAUGUUCCGCCGCCUUUAAAACGUGCCGGAACAUCUGCUGGUGAGGGGGCGAAAGUUAUUGAUAGACCAAAGAGGUCUAUGAUGGCUAAUGACCAGGUGAAAAGCGAUGAAUUCAGCGACGACGAUGAUGAUUCGGACGAUUCGGAAGAUUCAAACGAUGAGAGAAUGGCAGUUGCUACGUGUUUGAGAAACACGCACCAAAACAAAACCAAUAACGCCCAGGAGAACGAGAACGUCGAUAUUGACAAAGACAGCCGCAGCGAAAGCAGCACGGAAUACGUUGCUGUGGGUGCCAGUUUUCUCCAGUUCCCCAACGAUCGCUCUCCGCCGCUGUCGUCAAGCUACAAGCACGAUCACAACGUUAACGCCCAAUUCCAACCCAAGGGUAAUGCUAAAGGCAAACCCAAAUGCAGAGCUAGCGCGCAGAGUAACAAAAUCGCUUCAUCAUCGAGCGGAAGCUCGCCGCAUCGGAAACUUGUCAGGCUCCGUAUAGCCCCAAGAGGUAGUGCGAACUGUGAUGGUAAUCGUGCUGUGGAAAACAAUGGUAUUGGUACCAAUGGCAAUGGCAAUGGCAACGUCAACGCUCUCAGACGCCGCCUGCCGAGUGUAAAUAUGGAAUCCACAUCAAGCGAUACCGCGCAUGGCAGUCUUGAAAGUACGUGGGGCGUAGCAAUGGACGUGGUGAGGAAUAGGGAAGGAAGGAUAUACGGCACUGUGACAGUUGGGCAACCUCACCAGCAGCACUACCACCACGGCCAGUCCCCGUAUGGCUGUCCUGGAUCCGAUGGAGGGUCUCCCCAUAUACCCCCUGCGGAAAUGUUGCGGCAGCCCGGCCACCACGUCGAGUAUCCCAAUCACAGUCGUAACAAUCACAUGGCCCGCGCUGUGUUCCAAGAAGGAGGUAGUUCUUUCGGCAUGAACCCGAACGGGGUAGGAAGGCUGCACGGCGCCGCUUCACCAUACCAGGACAAUACACAUACGUUCCCAAAUGGGGGCAUGCCACCACCUCACUCACUGCCAUCGAACAAUCCGGCCAUCCCUGCCCCCAUCCCCGUACAAGGGGGCUACUCCGCUAACGGAAUGUGGCAUUAUGGUCGUAACAAUAACCCGUACGCAAACAUCCCACACGCAUAUCGCACCAAUAUCACAGAUGACCAAAGGCCGCAUCAUACCACACACAACCACAAUCACAACUACAAUCGCGAUUCGCACACACCCACAAUACCCCCAACAGCCCUUCCAUACCACCACAGCACUGACACCGGAGCCAGGACUGUCGGAGGAAGAAACGAGAUGGAAAAGCCCCCGGCCGCGCCAACUACAUUGAUGGAGCAUGCACAGAUACCCGUCCAGCAAAAGGAACAGCAACCGGAUGAGCAGGGCCAGAUGCUAGAGGCAGCAGCGCUAGAAGACCAAGCCGCCAUGAUGGAUGAAUUGGACGAUUUGCCACAACUGACUAAUUUCGACGCUGAAUUCGUUCACGUGGAUGGGGGUCAUGUUGAAGACCUUUUUGGUGACUAUGGGUAUGGGAUAGAAGGGGUGUUUUAAUGGAGCAUAGGCUGGCAUGGCGGCGGAGGGGAGGCGUUCGGUUGAUUAGAGAAUGCCUGAAGUAGAUUAUAUACGUGGAGUCGGAUGGCCAAUGGGUUGCCAAACGCAGGCGUGUUCCACGUACGGUCAAGAAAAAAGGCGUCUAUUCGUCGAAAUAGCUGGAAUGGGAAAUGUGAAUUUCGUUCGGCCCGCCUCAGUUAAGGACACGAGUUUGGUCAUCAUCUUUAACGCUUGUUAUUCAUUUCUUGCUUCCUUUCUUUUUAUUGGCUUUAAACCAUUCUUUAAAAGAUCCCCAUUUUCCUUUUUUUUUUUUUCUGUUUGAGCCCAGAUCGCACGGAGAGUAGGUAAAGGAAUAACGGUGAAACGAUACGUGCUGGUUAUAUCCCCCUGAACUGAACGGACUCCGUUUUACACUGCUUGACCCCGUCUUUUGGAACACUAUGGCGAGAAAAUACCCUGUGGUAACUAUCUCUUUUCUUCUUAGGUUUGACGAUAUGUUUUGUUUUUCACUUGUUUUGCAGCUUGCAAUAGGGAACAACGCCUACAUGACGAUCUUUGGACAUGGGGGAAGGAAAUUUGCUUAAAUAACCCGACUCGCCGCGCUUUCAGACACUGAUGAGAAGCCUGAACCUGUACAGUUCUAUCAGAUGAAGCAUCUGUUGAACGGAUACACUGGCUCUGGCAUGUCGUCAUACUGAUGUCCCUUUCCCUCAUUUCUCUUCCUAUUUCUUUCCAUUACCAUUGACAGCUAUAUUUGCCAUUUUCAAGACAUACCAAAUGAUAAUAAAUGACCACU